AGCAGCCCGUCCGGCUCGGCGACCAUAGGAGACAGAAAAAGGCAGCAGAGAGUAUCUUACCGGCUUCACAGAGAACCGAGUGUCCGUGUACGGUUAAACACGUCCGUUAUUGUUUACAUUUAGUCCCAGAAUGUCGCUGUUCGGUAAGUUAUUCGGUAGCGGCGGUAAGGGAGGCAAAUCGCCGACACCCCAGGAGGCGAUCCAGAAACUCCGAGAGACCGAGGAGAUGUUGGCCAAAAAACAGGACUUCUUAGAAAAGAAAAUCGACCAGGAGCUGAUGACGGCGAAGAAGAACGGCACGAAAAACAAACGAGCGGCUCUACAGGCCUUGAAAAGGAAAAAGCGUUACGAGAAGCAGCUGGCUCAGAUCGACGGGACGCUGUCCACCAUCGAGUUCCAGAGGGAGGCGCUGGAGAACGCCAACACCAACACAGAAGUGCUCAAAAACAUGGGCUACGCUGCCAAGGCCCUGCAGGCUGCACACCAACACAUGGACAUAAACAAAGUAGACGAUCUGAUGGCUGACAUCACAGAACAACAGGAAGUGGCUCAAGAAAUCUCAGAUGCAAUUUCCAGACCGGUCGGUUUCGGAGAAGAGUUCGACGAGGAUGAGCUGAUGGCUGAGCUGGAGGAGAUGGAGCAGGAACAACUUGACAAAGAUCUUCUGGCUGUUGAAGGAACCGAGGACGUUCCUCUACCCAGCGUACCGUCGACAUCACUACCAUCUAGACCAGCCAAAAAGGUGGAGGAAGACGAGGACGACAUGGCGGACCUGGAGGCCUGGGCGGCUAACUAAGCUAGCUCGCCCUAGCUAGCUCGUGCCCCUCUCCUGUCUGUCUGUGUGCUAGCAGCUAGCAGCUAGCUGCUAACUGCUCCCAGACUUGUGGAGGAGAGACAGGGACUCUGGGCUGCUGAGCUGGCUGCUGGCAUGUUGCUCUGUCUUAAAGCCUUUUGUCCCAGUAUCUAACCACACCCCAACCCUAAAGUAUGCACUUGUGCACAUAUUCAGUGAGUUAAAAAUGAAACCAGGCCGGCCCAUCUCCUCCGAUUAAUGUCCCGGUAAUAAUCCCUCAGCUGCAGCUGAACACUCCCCAGUUUCCAAGGGGCGUAGAGCAGGGAAAGCAAAUGCCCCGCCCCCUUAUUUUAGAGGAAAAAGACAACAUGAAUGAGCACUUUUGGACAGAAAAAGUGCAAGUGCGUACUUCUAGGGGAAGGGUGUGUGGAGGACCAGGACGAGGCCUGUUUCUGGGACGAAUGUGAAGAAUAAAAGGAUGUAAGGUGGGAGGCAAAACAAACAAACAAACAGAAAGAAAGACAACAUGAUUCAGCCAUUUUUCUGCUUCCUGCGUCGUCGUACGAUGAUGACGACGACCCAUCGCCUACACUAUCUCUGCUAAAUCUCAGCAGCAGUUAUAAACAGAUGAAUGAGGAAAAAUGUAGGACUUUUUCAUUGAAAUAUCGCUGUUAAACUAUAAAACACCAUCAAGCAACAACAUGUUGUAAAGGGAGGAUCCAUGUCUCUAUAUCUCAUAUCACUCAUUAGGCACUCAGGAGCCAAACAGUUAAAUCCCUAACAUGUUUUAUAAGUGCCUGGUUUUAAUUAAUGCCAUCCGUAAGGUUUCCAGGUGGGAAUGUUAAAACACUAAAAGCUUUGAAACUGGCGUUGCAGCUACGUUUCUCACAUCUAAUCUGCCACGACUGAAGCGUAGAGAUUUACUGAACUAUACAUUUAACCACCAGAUGUGAAAAAGCAAGAAAAAAAACAUUUUCUAGGAACUUUUCUUCUUCAGACAGUGAAAAUUAGCUCUUAGCUUGCAGGCUCAUUUCACCAGUAAGUGUCUUUACCUGUGGCUGCGACAAAAUAAUUAUACGAGACAAAUUACUGUUUUCUUUACAUUUUUAUUUGUAUUCAUCAUUGGCAUCAGCCCAUUUGAGUUUCUAUUCAAUUGUCAAAAUGUGCAGCUAAUAUAAAGCAUUAAAAAGUCAAUUUAAAUGUGCACCAGAGCUUUUGAAACUUACGAAAUUCUACGGCCCGGCGCCUUAACUCUCUAAAUUUUGUCAACUUCAAGCCUAGUUUUGAGUUUUUCUAGCGAAUUUUGUCAACUUCAAGCCUAGUUUUGAGUUUUUCUAGCGAAUUUUGUCAACUUCAAGUCUAGUUUUGCGUUUUUCUAGCGAGGCGAGCUUAUGAUUCCAAAUCUCCUGAGAUAUUUCUUAUGAAAUCAUAUUAAUAAAUGCUCAUUAUGGCCUAUUAGUAGGUUGUUUUAUCUUCAUUGUGAGGAUCAAAAUAAGGUUAGCGGAUGUGGAAAAGAAUGUUUUCUAGGAACAUUUCUUCUUAAUUCUACAAGAUGAAUUACUGUUUUCUUUACAUUUUUAUUUGUAUUCAUCAUUGGCGUCCGCUCAUUGGAGUUUCUAUUCAAUUGUCAAAAUGUGCAGCUAAUAUAUGGCAUUAAAAAGUCAAUUUAAAUGUACAUCAGAGCUUUUGAAACUUACGGUCCGAAGCCUUAACCUCAAAAUUUUGUCAACUUCAAGUCUAGUUUUGAGUUUUUCUAGCGAGGCGAGCUUAUGAUUCCAAAUCUCCUGAGAUAUUUCUUAUGAAAUCAUAUUAAUAAAUGCUCAUUAUGGCCUAUUAGUAGGUUGUUUUAUCUUCAUUGUGAGGCUCAAAAUAAGGUCAGCGGCUCCAUUCGGACAUUUUAUCUCUUUUUUUGGGCCAAUAAUGGCUCUAUGGCUCUAUACCAACAAAAUACUAUCUUGUACUUGCAGUUCAGUGAUUCCCGACCUUUUAUUUUCUUUUUUCUUGAUAUUAAAUAAAGUCAUAAAGCUCUAAUGUGGCUGCCAGAUAACGCCUUGAGUGUAAAACUUCUGUUGACCUCCACGUGUCAGUUUGUGGUUUAACGUCGAUGUUCUGUGAGAAAAUCCUACAUUGUUUGAAUUUGAAGAUAAUGUGUGUGAGUGUGUGUGGUGUUUUUCAAGCCUUUUGACACAGUGACCUCUUGUGCAUAUUUAGUCAAAUUGAGAUGGUGAGCUGGAUCUUUCUUUUCCUCAGUACGCUCCUGACUCACCUGUAGUGCAAAACUGAUUUUAAAUCCCGUGGAGAGGCCGCCGUGGGGCCGUGCUGGCUCCGUGUCGCUCUGCGGGAUGAUAAAAACGGCGCUCGCCGCCCCGCCAUGUACGGCUGUAGCUGCACGCCACUCCUUCUGUCAGCAGACACGUUUAUGCAUGGACGCACCGGGGUCGGCCCGCUAUCAAAUCAAACACAUGGUUGAGAAUGUAAUUUAACCCUCUGGGGACGUUUCUGAACACUUUUGAUUUUUUGCUCUUCAUGUACCACAUAAAAAAUGUUUAUAUGCCCAUAUUUGGUAUCCAGUUUUUCUUCACCUAUAUGAUCUGACAGUUAUUUUCUCACUUUAAUCAACAUAUUGAGCCCAAAAAUCAUGAAAUCUGAGUUAAAAUUAUACGAUUUACUACAAUAAAAACCACAAAUAUGCUCAAUGAACUGUUUUGGAACUUGGAAAUGUAAACAUAAGAUGCAAAUAUGAACAUAUAAAAAGGUAAACAUUUAAAUAUAAUAAAACUAUAUGCAAAAAAGUCCCAUAAAAACAUUUAUAGGUGUUUUUUUUUCCUUGUUAGCUGCAACUCUUCAAAACAAACUAUGUGUGAAAUUACCCAGAGAGCUCCACCAACGCUCAAAUAUUUCUGUACUAUCAAAUUAAAAUGAUCAUAUCUUUGGUUUUACAUGAGCUAGGAAUGUCAAACAAAAACUGGGAGAAAGUUUCAAGUCUGAACUUUGUAGUGAAGUUGCUAGCAGCGCUCCAUGUUAGCUCGUUUUUUUGUUAAACGUCACAUUUUCUGAUCAGGACGGUACGAUCAUAGACCCCAGAGGGUUAAACACAACCUGAAAUAUACAAAUUAAACAAAGUAGUAAUUUGAAAUUCUAGAAAUGCCCUGCUUAGCCUGCUGCCCCCGCGACCCGGCCACCGGAUAAGCGGAGGAAACUGGACGGAUGGGACACAAAAUCAACUUAUUUGUGAGCGGGCCGACCCCAGUCCUGAUAUAUUUAAAGACAAACUAUUGAAAAGACACUUGCAUAUGCCAAUAUAUAGUUUGUAUUUCUUCUUUUCUGCUUACCUCGAAUAUCACUCAUGUUCUAUCUGGCUGCACAGAAACACAGUGUGACUGUAGCCAGUUCUGCUCAGAGCUGUACGAAAACCGUUGGACAUUGGAGGAUCUCCGUGUGGCAGCCGUGUUGCUCUGUGACCGGGGUUCUGUACAGUUUAUCUUAAUAAAGUUGGGAUUUGGUCCAAGUAUCAGAA